ACAUGUCUGCCUCCCCCUCCUGUAUGAAUAGUGUGACUGUGAGCAUGAGGCACUCAGGGAGCAUUCAGCACUAUAGUAGCUGCACUGCUUAGCUGCAUUCUGGAGGGCAGCAGGCCAUGCACAAACACAGAGACUAGGGGAGAUAAUGGUGCCCAGCUACUCUUCUUAGGAACUGAACAGCUACAGCGGUCCAUGUUUUCACUGCCAGACAGUCUCUGUCUUUGCUAACAGAGAGCAGUGGAACUUGUGUUUGCUUUAAAUAGUAAUAGGUUUUUUGUUUAUUAAUCUCAACUCUUUUUUUUCCAACAUGGGGUGCUCCUCAUCCAGUGCACAGACUGUAGACCAAGAGAAAAGACCAGGUACAAAGCCAGAGGAGAGCAAUGGAGACACACUGGGAGUCAGGAAUGGUUUCAUCGCAGAAGAUGCACAAACCAUCGAGGACCAGAUGCAGUUGCCUGUGCAGACUGCCUUACCGGACGAUCUCCAGCCGGGGGCCGACGAUGAGGCGGAGGCCGUGUUAGUAGCCCUGGAGGCCCAGGAGGAUCUGGGCUCUGGGGAGGACCUCCUGGUUGCUCUUGAGCCGGAACCUGUCACCUACGCAGAGCCAGCUCCGGAAGCUGCUGCUCCAGUUGAAGCCGUUACUGAACCUGAGGCUGCUGUAGAGGCGGUGGAGGCCUUACCUCCUGUGGUGGAAGCGGUCCCUGUAGAAACUAUAGUGUCUGAAGCCGCUCCUGAGGUCCAAACCCUUAUUGAGGCUACGGAGGAGGCCCCUGCUGUUGAAUCUGUUGUAGCUUUGCAGGCAGAGGCCCCUGCUGUUGUUGGGGAUGUGACUGCUGAGCCAGCGGAGGCCUCUCCUGAAGUCGCCACCCCUGCUGUUGAACCUGUUGUAUCUGAGCCAGCGGAGGCCUCCCCUGUAGUCGCCACCCCUGCUGUUGAACCUGUUGUAUCUGAGCCAGCGGAGGCCUCUCCUGAAGUUGCCACCCCUGCUGUUGAACCUGUUGUAUCUGAGCCAGCGGAGGCCUCUCCUGAAGUCGCCACCCCUGCAGUUGAACCUGUUGUAUCUGAGCCAGCGGAGACGCUGGUGAUUGUGGAAGAGGCAGCAGCCGUAGCAUCUGAGGCCCCUGCUGAAGUGGCUGCUCCUGUGGAGGCAGAGGCUCCAACUGACAAUGCUGCACCAGUUACUGCUUCAACAGCACCAUGUGAAUCCUCUGAACCAGGUGAGGCUGCAGCCCCAGCACCCAGUGAGGCUGCAGCACCAGCACCCAGUGAGGCUGCAGCCCCAGCACCCAGUGAGGCUGCAGCCCCAGCACCCAUUGAAGCUGCAGCCCCAGCACCCAGUGAGGCUUCAUCCCCAGCUGAAGGUGUAGCCCCAGCUGAAGGGUUAGCCCCAGCUGAAGGUGUAGCCCCAGCUGCUGUUGCUGCAGCCCCAGAGGAGGCCGCAGCACCUGGUGAAGCUGCAGCCCCAGUUGAAGCGGUAGUACCAGAUGAGGCUUCAGCACCAAGUGAAAUCUUGGCCCCAGCUGAAUCCUCAGCAACUGUAGAUGCAGCACAGCUUCUAAUAGAUACACAGAUUGCUGCAGCAACUAUUCCAGAGUUGCCCCCAUUAUCUCCAGUCCCUGUUGAGGCCCAAGUCGAGCCUCAGACUGCACCUGCACCUCCUGCAGCCCCUGAAGUUCCAGCAUCUAUACCGGCAGUUUCAGAAGCAGCCCCAGCAGCAACUGCGGCCCCAGCACAGGCUCCUGUGGCCGUGUCCACCCCAGCUGAAGCACCCUCAGCACCGGCCCCUGUGCCCUCACCUGAAGUGGUGUCAGCGACUGAGGCCUCUCAGGGUACAGAGAGCGUGAAAGCCAAAAAGGAGGAUUGAGUCGAGAGAGGAGAUGCACCAAAAUAAACCCCCAAAGCUACCAUUGUACGGAAACUGGAAGAAAAGCAAGACAAAGCAAUAAACGCUACAGUUUCAGUAUUGUCAUCAGUGCUCACCAAACUGUACACCAGAUACAUUAUAUACAUGGUGCCUUAAUAACAUGUCAUACAGGAACUAUCAAGAUCUUCCCCUACAUUUGUAAAUAUAAACCUUUAGAAUUUUUUUCUACUGAGACCAUAAGUGCCUGGAGCCUCAUAUACUCUACACGCAGGCCUGUGCAAAGAAAAUGCUACAAAAACACUUUUAGGACAGGAGACAAGAGGGUGCAAUAUUCUAUGAAAUCUGUGAACUCUUGUGAUGAAUUAGGGGAAGGACACUUGCUAAGUAAAUCCUUGAUUAUUUAAAAUAGCUGCUUCUGAGGAAUAUAAGCCAACUGUGAAUAACAUUAUGCAAGGAGUCUGAGGUGACAGAAACUGGGUGGAUGAACAACACGCUGGCUAGGUUUACGCUGCCAACUUAAUUUUUCUAUCACCUCUAUAAAACAGAUUUUAAAGGAUCACAUUUUCACAGAUUUUUUUUUUAGGUUUUGUGAAGUCUAAACUCUGCCAUAAAUCCACAUUUUUGUUUGGUGUUUAUACGUUAUUUAAUUGAAUUAACAGGAAUGACCGUACUAAAUGUUGAGUGACAGAGUGUACAGUGUAAUACUGAUAAGCACUACUGUAGGGCAAAUCCAUGUUUCCUUCAUUUUUUUUCUAUAUCACUUUAUUGAUUUCAAAGAAAAAAUUCUGAAUAAAAUGUUUGUUUUUUGCGUAAGACAGAAAAAAAUCUUUUUGUAAUGAUGUAAU